AUGGCAGAGACAAAUUCUGGACUGCUAGAGCAACGAAAGCAAGAUCUGGUCGGUGCGAAGCUUAGCAGCGAUACGAAAGAAAAGAUGAUCUAUUACAAUAAUCGUGGCCGAGCGUAUGCAGAGCUUAGUGAUUUUAACCAAGCCACAGAUAACUUUAUGCGCAGUCUAAAGGUUGCCCGACAAGAACACGACAGAGCUUACGAAGGACAAGUGUCUUGCAGUCUUGGAGAUGCUUAUUACGAACUCCAAGAUUAUAAACUAGCCAUAGAACACUACAACAAACUCCUUAUUAUUUCCAAAGAAUUAAGCGAUAGAGAUAAAGAGAAAUAUGCAAACGACCGACUUGGCCAUUGUCAUGAAAACCUAGCUGAUUAUAAACACGCCAUAGAUUACUUCAAAAAACACCUUAUUAUUUCCAAAGAAUUAAGCGAUAGAGCUGGAGAUAAAAGUGCAAACCACCAACUUGGCUAUUGUCAUCAGAACCUCGCUAAUACCAAAGAAGCCAUGGUGCACUUCAAUAAAUUCCUCAUUAUUUGCAAAGAACUUGGCGACAGAGAUGGAGAGCGACAUGCAAAUAACAAACUUGGCUCUUGUUAUGAAAGCCUUGGCGAUUAUAAACAAGCCAUAGAACACUACAACAAACUCCUUAUUAUUUCCAAAGAAUUAAGCGAUAGAGCUGAAGAGAAACAUGCAAACCACGGACUUGGCCAUUGUCAUCAGAACCUGGCUAAUACCAAAGAAGCCAUGGUGCAUUUCAAUAAAUUCCUUAUCAUUUCCAAAGAAGUUGGAGACAGAGAUGAGGAGGGACAUGCAAAUGACAAGCUAGGCUCUUGUUAUCAAAACCUCGGCGAUUAUAAACAAGCCAUAGACUGCUACAACAAACUCCUCAUUAUUUCCAAAGAAUUGAAUGAUAGAGAUGGAGAGAAAUGUGCAAACCACCAACUUGGCCAUUGUCAUCAGAACCUGGCUAAUACCAAAGAAGCCAUGGUGCACUUCAAUAAACUCCUCAUUAUUUGCAAAGAACUUGGCGACAGAAAUGAAGAGCGACAUGCAAAUAAUAACCUUGGCUCUUGUUAUGGCGACCUCGGCGAUUAUAAACAAGCCAUAGAACACUACAACAAACUCCUUAUUAUUUCCAAAGAAUUAAACGAUAGAGCUAGAGAGAAAUAUGCAAACUACCAACUUGGCCAUUGUCAUAAGAACCUGGCUAAUACCAAAGAAGCCAUGGUGCGCUUCAACAAAUUCCUUAUUAUUUCCAAAGAACUUGGAGACAGAGAUGGAGAGAAAUGUGCAAACCACCACCUUGGCCAUUGUCAUCAGAACCUGGCUGAGAAUAAAGAAGCCACGGCGUACUUCAACAAAUUCCUCAUUAUUUGCAAAGAACUAGGGGACAGAGACGAAGAGCGACGUGCAAACAUCAACCUUGGCAGAUGUUAUGAAGGCCUCGGUGAUUAUCAACAAGCCAUAGCACACUUCAAUAAGUCCCUUGUUAUUUCCAAAGAACUAAGGGACAGAGAUGAAAAGGUUCGAGCAAACCAACAACUUGGCCAUUAUCAUAAGAACCUGGCUGAUAAUAAAGAAGCCUCAGCGCACAACAAAAAACUCAAUAACAACAAGUCUCUUGUUAUUUUCGAAGAAUUGAGGUACAGAGAUGGAGAGGGAAAUGUGAACAGAUCGCUUGGAGAUUGUUUUCAAGCCCUCUAUGAUUACGAGCAAGCCCUAGAGUACCUCGAGCAAAGUCUGAUCAUUGCCAAAGAAACUGGGAAUAAAGCUGAGGAAGGAAAGGCUAAACAUGCCCUUGGCCAUAUUUGCAUGGAUCUCGAAGAUGAUGAAAAAGCUGAAAAGUACUUCAUGCAAUGGCUUGACAUCUUGAAAGACGGCGCAGGUGACCGUGAAGAUGAACAACGGGCUUACCACGCCCUCGGGACUGUUUAUCUCCGACUUGGUAAGUUCAGCACAGCUAAAAGAUACUUCGACGAACAACUUGUCCUUGCCAAAGAAUUUAAGAAUAAGCAGGCAGAGGGAAAGUCCUAUUUCGGUCUCGGCCGGGCUUAUUUGCAGCGAGGUGAUUUUAUGGAAGCUGUUGAAUACUUCAGCCUAUUUCUUAAAAUCGCCAAUGAAGUUGAGUCUGAUUUGAAAAAAGGAUGUGGCUACCACUCUCUGGGUGAAGCCUAUCGUGAACUCAAUAAUUUUAAGGAAGCUACUAACUGCUGUACGAAAAGUCUUGCCAUUGCAAUUGAAAGGGGAAAUAAAAGUUGCGAGCAAUCGGCGAAUUAUUUCCUUGGACUCACUAUGGAAAAGUUCAAUUUCUUACAUGAAGCUGUGGAUUAUUAUCGAUCCGCUCAAAGGCUUUUCAAUGAUAUGAGGGACAUUAUUAAGGCUGAGGAUGCUCACAAAAUAUGCAUCCGAAAUUCGCAUCAGGGUACGUACAAUGCCCUGAGCAGAACUUUGCUGAAACUUUCAAAAUUUGGCGAGGCUUUGUGUGUUGCUGAUCAAGGACGAGCACAAGUCUUACUCGAUCACAUGAAGCAACAGUAUCAAAUGGAAUGUCCUCCUCCCAGGACAACAGAGCCUGACAUAGCACGUUUGGUUUCCGCACAAACCAUUUUCAUUGCACUUGAAAACAAAUGCAUUAAUAUCUGGCUGGCCUGUAACGACAACGAUGUUCAAUUUCGACAUGAAAACGCAAACCACGUUUACGGGUUCGAGAAUGAUCUCUGUCCAUUCUGCUUAGAAUGUUUGACGGGGGCAGCUUUGAAAGAGAAUGAGUUUGCUGCUCGAGUUAUCUGUGAGGAUCGUUCUUUGGAUGCAUGGAGGCCAGAUCUAUCGCAGCAAGAAGACGAAUCUCGUCAUGAAAUGUCAGUGUCACCGUCAGAGGACCGCCUUCUUCUUGAUGCACCCAGAGAUGAAACACCACAGGACAAAGAAACUUGUCAUGGAAUGUCCAAGUUGCCAGAAAGUCAAAGGAAUUCCUUACGACUGUUGUAUGACGUUGUUAUCGGCCCCAUUUCCAACUACUUGAAAGGUGAUGAAUUAGUCAUUGUUCCCGAUGGUUUACUAUGUCAGGUUCCUUUUGCUGGCUUUCUCGAUGAAGACUCAAAGUACCUCAGUGAAUCGUUUAAGAUCCGCAUCGUUCCGUCACUGACCAGUUUGAAAUUAAUCAAAGAUUGUCCUGAAGACUACCAUUGUAAGAGCGGGGCGCUGCUUGUAGGUAAUCCGUGUGUGGAGGAGAUAACAGAGCUCCGUGGGAAGCCUUGGUUUCAAACUCUGCUUCACGCGGAAAAGGAAGUGCAGAUGAUCGGAGAAAUUAUUGAUGCCACUCCACUCAUCGGAAAGGACGCGACUAAAGACGAGGUACUGAAACGAAUCACUUCUGUCGCUUUGGUCCACGUUGCAGCUCAUGGAAGUGCGGAGACAGGUGAGAUUUGUUUGGCUCCAAACCCUUCAAGGAAGAACAAGAAGCCGGAGAAGGAAGAUUACAUGCUGAAAAUGUCAGACAUCCAGGCUCUGAAGAUCCGAGCAAGACUUGUUGUGCUCAGCUGCUGUCACAGUGGUCGCGGGAAAGUUUCUGCCGAAGGAGUGGUCGGUAUGGCAUGGGCUCUCUUGGGCUCUGGUGCUCGCUCUGUUCUGGCGUCACUCUGGGCAAUUGGUGACGAGGCCACAAAGGAGUUUAUGAAAGCUUUCUAUCAACAUCUCAAGGAUGGCGACACUGCUAGUGCAGCUAUCAAUAAAGCUAUGAAAUGCCUUAGAGAAUCUGAGAAGUUUAGCGCUCCAAAGAACUGGGCUCCAUUUGUGAUCAUUGGUGAUGACGUCACGCUGGAUUUCAGAGAACUGGAGGACGAACAUAACGAAUGAAUGAGAUCAGUGGUCUGUCAUUUGAUUAUUUUCGUGCAUAUUUGACUUUAUCUAUAGCAUCCGCUUUAAUCGCGAUUUGAGAUCCGUGUUAAGUUUUAUUCGGUCAUUAUUUCAAGCAAGUAUGCCAUAUUUAGGUGAGCUCUUGGUACCUGAACAUUGAACUUUGUAGAGUUGAACGCCAAAGAAAGCGUACGAAAAACGUGAACAUUGAUACAAGUAGUUGAUACAGCUUCAGACAGGACUUUGAUGCCAUUGUGAUUCAAUUAAUGACUAGGAAGCUGACAAGUAAACCCUUUUCUUAUUUUUCUCUUGUGGUAAAUGAGUGUAAAAAUAUUUCAGUCCAAUUUUUCUUAUGCCUCAUUUUUUAGUUUCCCUCUAAUUUCGGUUUGCAUGAAUGUACGAUAACGAGUUUGAAACAAAGGAAAAUAAACAAUUUUGUAAAAGAAAAAAGAGCCAUGAAGUUGUUCUCAGUGAUAAGAAAAUUCUCAGCUAAAACUCUCGAGUGGUCAUGCAGUGUUUCUGGAAAAACAUAUUGAAGGAUAACUAAAUCAUAAUUGCAGUGGCAUAACGAGAGAUGAUUCAGCUUGUAAAUUCUGCCUUAAAUUUCCGCAU